CUCUAAGCAUUUUCCCUUUGAAAUUUUCAAACUAAUUAAAUAGUUACCAAAACAAAAAGAAGAAGGGCAGAAUAGUCAAAAGAGAAAACUCGCGCGUCAACGUUGGCGUCGUCUUGCCAAACUUUGCCAAUAAUAAUAAUUAGACUUCUGCACUUUCUCACGAACCUCUCUGUCUCGUCCAUUACUUAAAAACCAAAUCUUUCAUCAUCUUCCUUCACCAGUUGACUCUCUUUCAAUCUAUCUCUGAAUCUCUCACUCUCCUACCCGAAAACCAUGAACUCCAACGACCAGGAUCCGAUUCCGUUCAGACCCGAAGACAACAACUUCUCCGGUUCCAAAACCUACGCCAUGAGCGGCAAAAUCAUGCUAAGUGCAAUAGUAAUCCUCUUCUUCGUCGUCAUUUUAAUGGUCUUCCUCCAUCUUUACGCUCGUUGGUAUCUCCUCCGUGCUCGUAGACGUCAUCUCCGUCGUCGUAGCCGUAACCGUCGCGCUACGAUGGUUUUCUUCACCGCUGAUCCUUCCACCGCCGCAACUUCCGUCGUCGCUUCACGUGGACUUGAUCCAAACGUUAUUAAAUCUCUUCCUGUUUUCACUUUCUCCGACGAGACUCAUAAAGAUCCGAUCGAAUGCGCCGUUUGUUUAUCGGAAUUCGAAGAGAGCGAGACGGGUCGGGUUUUGCCCAAUUGUCAACAUACUUUUCAUGUUGAUUGUAUUGAUAUGUGGUUUCAUUCUCAUUCCACUUGUCCUCUUUGUCGAUCUCUCGUUGAGUCUCUCGCCGGGAUUGAAUCAACGGCGGCGGCGAGGGAGAGGGAAGUUGUGAUUGCGGUUGAUUCUGAUCCGGUUUUGGUAAUUGAACCGAGUUCUAGCUCUGGAUUGACGGAUGAACCACAUGGAUCUGGAUCUUCUCAGAUGCUGAGGGAAGAUUCCGGGAGAAAACCGGCGGCGAUUGAGGUUCCGAGGAGGACUUUUAGCGAGUUUGAAGAUGAGUUGACUCGGAGAGACUCGCCGGCGAGUCAGUCGUUUAGGUCUCCGAUGAGUCGGAUGUUAUCUUUCACUCGGAUGUUGAGUAGAGAUAGAAGAAGCGCUUCGUCUCCUAUCGCCGGAGCUCCGCCGCUAUCGCCGACGUUAAGCUGCCGGAUACAGAUGACCGAGUCAGAUAUCGAACGGGGAGGAGAAGAGAGUAGGUGACUUGUCACGUGUUGGUGUCUGAUUGGUUUAAUGUUAACCGGGAGUAAAAAAAGGAAUUACUACAAGUCAACAGGCUUUUGUCUAGGUGUUGAUUUCGGCGCCCAAGGACACGUGGCGUAAACUGAGCUUCCAGGAAUCAAUAUUCACCGUCUAUUAUGAUUAGAUAGGUUAGAUAGAUUUGUGUAACGAUGUACAAAGUCAUCUACAAUAUUGAAUCUAUUUCCAUUUAUUUUACCAUAUUCUUUUUUUUUUUAUAAUUUUCGAAGUUCUACAAACUCUUUUAUGUAAAACACAAUCCAAUGGUCAUAAUUGUGAUAAAGACUUUGCAUAAUUUUUCCUUUAUUUAUUACCGAUUUAAUGUCUUCACUCUUCACUACUUAAUUAUGA